AUGGAGGGAGAUGUUGGAAGGCUUCAUUACGGCUUGGGACGCCGAGUCCCAGUCGUCAGACGUCACGGCAGCAUGGGAAUAGGUUCGGCAACGUUGGGCUCCCGGGUCCCCACGCCCGUUCUCAUUGCCCGUGCUGCUACCUCUUCCUCGGAAAAGGACUGCGUCGCAAACCCGAAUCUUUGCGAAAAGCCUGUGGGCGGUUCGUCGUUGACCAUCCCUAUUGUGCUGGGUAUCUGUAUCCCGCUUGUAGCCGCUUUCAGUGUCUUCUUCUACCUCCAUCGGAGAAACGUGAAGAGGUUGGCGGCCGAGGAGGCCCAUGACCCCCAUAAAUCCCUGGAUUUUGGUUUGGACGAACACAUGGGAGGCGGCAGACCUAAACGCAAGAGCUUCCUGAAGGGAGCCGAAAAGGAAGGUGGCGGUGGGUCGCGAUUCAACCGCCAGCAGAUGUCGAUGGACAUGAAUCUGUCCAGCCCUUAUCUUCUGCCGCCCGAUACCCAUGGUUCCCAGUCCUCACUCAACUCUUUGGCCCGCACCCUCAACCCGCAAGAUGAUCCUUUCCGCCCGGUAACCCAGUACACUGCCAGCGAUGCUGCCUCGGUUCGUUCCAUGCCCAGGGGAACUGACAGGGCCAGUCCUUCUCCAGGCCCCCGUGGACCUCCUCCUCGUCAAAGUUCUAUGCCCAGAUCUCCUGAGCCCACUCACGCCAGGCUUGGUAAUGGACCAAACGGACCGCUUUCUCCUCGUGGAAGCAGACCCCCUAGAAUCUCUGUUCAAGAUCCCUCUUCAAAUGCCACAUCAGACAACGAAACAAGCGACUCGGAGAAGACUCUAACUGGCUCGCCCCGUGAGCCUCCUGCUACCGCCCAGAAGGACGGCCUCAAGCCUCUCGCUUCUCCUCAGCCGGUUAGCCCCUCGGAUUCUGCUGUCGACGUGGGCUCAAAGAAGGCCUCCACGGGCCUUGGACUCGCUAAUAUCCCUGAGCCUAUGCAGGCCUCUAUUCACGAUGCUUCUUCGCCCUCAUCCAGCCCUGCCAGCACUCCUCGCGAGCCUACUCACUCUUCGUCGGCUGCUCCGACCAUCCAGAAGCCUCAAGAGUACUUUGAUCUCCCCAAGAUGCCCGAAGAGCAGGAUGAUGAUGAAUUGGACCGCCGAGGACGUAACAUGCAGAGAAAGUCUCAGUUUUACGAACAGCAGGAUGGUGCUCAGGAUGGUCCUGGCCUAGGUGUACCUCAAAACGGUGAGAACCGUCGCUUGUCUGUCGGGUUCCGUCCUCUGCCGCCUGAUGAUAUUAUGGAGUCCGAGGAUCCCGAGUACCGCGCCAACCGUAUCAGAUCUUUCUACAAGGAGUACUUCGAGGACAAGCCUGGUGACGCGCCUCCUGUGCCGGCGCUACCCAAGAACAUCGGCCAGAUGCAAGGAAAGGGACCUCAACAGCAGCAGCAACGUCAACCACCGCACAUCCAGGAUUACGAUGAUAUGGCCGCACCCUAUUUCGACCCCAAGGCGAAUGCCUUCGUCAUGCCUUACGCUCAACCCGUGGCUCGCCGUGCCAUGACUCCUCCCCCAUCAGGCCAAAGAUUCCCUGGCCCUCGCGGACCUGGUCACGCUCAAACUGGCAGCAUGAGGGGUAUGCCUCCUGGCAUCGGUGGUCCUCCCCGCCCGGGUUCUUCCGUUUCCAACCAGAUGGGCCCUCCCAGGAGACCCGGAUCUGCCGCCUCCGGCUAUGGACGUCCUCGCGCCGGUUCAGCAUUUGCUGGUAGCAACGCCGGUAGCCGUGCGGGUAGCAGAGCUGGCGGACCCCGCAAGCCCAUGCCUCCCCCGUCAGACCUGCCUACUGUUCCCGCACCAUCCAUGUUGAAGGAUGAGUUCUCAAUCUUUAACGCGGCGGAUUUUGCGCCGCCAGAGACCUUCAAGGAUCGUGCUCGUGGCCGUUCGCAAAGUCCGGCUGGUGAGCGCCGCCCGUACCAGAUGAAGGUCCCCGUGCACUCGCCAUUGGCGAAUGCCUUUGAGGAGCUUCCCACUCUUCCCAGCCCUCACGUUCUCCGCAAGUCAAGCACAUUCACCGGUCUUGACUUCGCUCCUCCACCCAAGCUUGGCGGCGGCCACGCCGACAACAACAGCGACGCCGGUUCGAUCCAUAGCAACCGCAGUGGUGCCCUGUCCAAUGUCCACCUCAAUGCUAUUCGCGGUGGCGCGGGACGAGUAGACCAUCUACCUGCGGAUGCGCAGGUAUUCACGGCAGAUGCUGUUGCCGACAAGCUAAAGCCGUCGUGGGGUCUGCGUGAUUAA